AUGGCGCCCGCCCCGGGCCUGCUGCACCGUGUUUGUACGCGGGGGCAGGGCCUUUGUGUGGGCCACCCCAAGAGUUUCCCGCCCGAGGGGGUCCUCGGCCCUCUCCUCCCAGUUCUGUUCCGGCGGUGGCGGCAGGGCGCGCCGCGUCGCCGUCGGCGCAUGCGCGCGCGGGAACCCGCCCUCCGGGCUGGCGCACGUGGCCUCACGGGCCGGCGUGCGUGCGCGCGACCGCCCGGCCUCCCGCGCCCGGCGCGCCGCGAGCCUCUCCCUACUCGCCAGGCCGACGGGUGCGGCCGCCGAAGCCAGGGCGGCGUGCGUGCGCGCCCCCGGAGGACCACGUGGGAGCGGCGCGGCGCCGUUUCCCCGCCCUCCCUCGGCGCGCGCCGGCGUCGGCUGCGUCUCCGGGCAUUUGAAUUGCGCUUCCGCCAUCUUUCCAGCCCUCAGUCAGACGGGCGCGGAGACCCUUCUGGAAGUAACAUCACGAUGGCUGCCCAAGGAGAACCCCAAGUUCAGUUCAAACUUGUAUUGGUCGGUGAUGGGGGUACUGGAAAAACUACGUUUGUGAAGCGUCAUCUGACUGGUGAAUUUGAGAAGAAGUAUGUAGCUACCUUGGGUGUUGAGGUCCACCCCCUCGUGUUCCAUACCAACAGAGGACCUAUUAAGUUCAAUGUGUGGGAUACAGCUGGUCAGGAGAAGUUUGGCGGACUGAGAGAUGGCUAUUACAUCCAAGCUCAGUGUGCCAUUAUAAUGUUUGAUGUCACAUCGAGAGUUACUUACAAGAAUGUGCCCAACUGGCAUAGAGAUCUGGUACGAGUGUGUGAGAACAUCCCCAUCGUGUUGUGUGGCAACAAAGUGGAUAUUAAGGACAGAAAGGUUAAGGCAAAGUCAAUUGUCUUCCACCGAAAGAAGAAUCUUCAGUACUAUGACAUUUCUGCCAAAAGUAACUACAACUUCGAAAAGCCCUUCCUCUGGCUUGCUAGAAAACUGAUCGGAGACCCUAACCUGGAGUUUGUCGCCAUGCCUGCUCUCGCCCCGCCAGAGGUGGUCAUGGACCCAGCCUUGGCAGCACAGUACGAGCACGAUCUAGAGGUUGCUCAGACAACUGCCCUCCCGGAUGAAGAUGAUGACCUGUGAGAAAGCGAAGCUGGAGCCCAGCGUCAGAAGUCUAGUUUUAUAGGCAACUGUCCUGUGAUGUCAGUGGUGCAGCGUGUUUGCCACUUUAUUAUAUAGCUGAGCAGAACAUGUGCUUAAUCUUUGGGAUGCUGAAGGAGAUGAAUGGGCUUCGGAGUGAAUGUGGCAGUUAAAAAAAAAAAAAAACCUUCAUUUUUUGGACCUGCAUAUUUAGGUGUUUUGGAACCCAGUUGUUUCCUUCUUGAGUUUCAAAUAGAAGACUGCUGCGGUCACAUCACAACGUUCAGUUUGUUACUGUCAUUCCCAUUCCUUUUCGUUUAGAAUCAGAAUAAAGUUGUAUUUCAAAUAUCUAAGCAAGCGAACUCAUCCCUUGUUUAAAUGAGCAUUUUAAAACCACUAACGGAGAAUUGUGCCACGUUAAUAUUUGAAUUGCCUUUGCUCUUACCACUUAAUUUGAAAUCUGUUAGGUUGAAAUCUUUAACCUUCUGUAUAUUUGAAUCAUUUCACACAAAUGAAAUGACAGGUCAAGAGUAUUGUAUUUGGUAAGUUAAGAGGUAUAAAUACUGUCAGUGCAGUUAGGCUAAAAUAGUGUCUACCCCCCCUGCCUUUUGGCCCACGCAGUGUCACCUAGGGAAGAGCUUGUUAGAGAUUUAUGUGACCUGUCAGAAAAAAAGUGGUACCUGUUUUAGACGUUCCUAAUAGAGAUUUUAAGAAUUAUAAUUGCUUUUGUGGCAGAAGUGACGAUGUUCUUAUAUAGAGCUUUUCAAAGUGUGAUGAAACCAUACAAACAGUUGCAGGAACUUGAGGGAUGUCUCAUCUGUUAAAAAUGAACAUAAAGUGUGCAUUUAUUUGCUUUUUGUUUUAAUGUUACAUGUUUAAUGUAAAGUUGGUAUUCUAGAAGAUGUUCCACGUUUAUCUGCUGUUGUCAAGUACUCCCAAGCUUUAAAGAUGUCAAAGAUUAAGGAUUUCAUUGGACACAUGACAGCUUUGAUGAUUUUUCUGCCCCCAAAGAAUUUUUUGUGGGCGGUGCAAGGACACAGGAUGCUGCAACAGAGAAGUAGAGCUUAGGCUGGCUUCUCAGUGAUGUGAAACAGACUGCCAAACUUUCAGUAGAUUAACCACGGACCUUUGUAUGGUUUCCACGUGUAAACAUGAAUUGAGUCCCUCUUGCCUGAGUUUGAUCCUAUUGACACUGUACUGUAGCAGUUAGAAAUCAAAAUUAGAGCUAUUUUGCUCAUGUAAGUACCACUGUACUAUAGUUCAGUUCACCAAAGUUCUUUAGAUGUCCAAUUAUCCUUAAGUGAUUACUUUCCUACCUAAAAAGGUAGGGAAGGGUCACUUAAAUAUAUGGAAAAAUGAAAUUUAAAGAGUAAAAUUGGGUAAUUUGUUAAAAUAUUGAAUAAAUAUUAAUAGAUUCACUUAACGGAUUUGAAUUGCUGUAUAUGCUAUGCUAUAUAUUCAGAACCAGAUUUUAACAGAUGGGAAGUUUCUUCCCAUGAUCCAGAUGACACCUUUCAGAUAACUUACAUGAAGGAUAUGUGCUUGUACAACCUUAUGUAGAAUGCGAGUAUGACAAAUAUUCUGAAUCUUAAAUGUAAGAGUUAAAUUUUGAAAGCUACUUGGAGGUGGGAGAGAAUUUACAUCACUCGUUGGAAGAAAAAAUUGCAAAAUAU